CACGCCCCGCCCCGCUCGCCGCGCGGCCCGGCGACGGGGGAGUUCCCGCGAGUGGCCUCGCGCCCAGACUGUGCGGGGGGCUGUUCGGGUGGAGGCGGGGGAGCCGCCGGGACACCAAAAUAGGAGCUGCUUGUGGGGUGGAGCGGCACUAGCUGGCGGCCUCCGAGCGCCUCUUCCAAAGAUGGUCAGAGGGGCCGGAGGCGUCCCCGCUCCCGCUCGCUGCUAGCCCGCGGGCCAGCGCCGCGUCCCGAGCCCCGGCGGGAGCCAUGGCUCUAAAAGGACAAGAAGAUUAUAUUUAUCUUUUCAAGGAUUCAACACAUCCAGUGGAUUUUCUGGAUGCAUUCAGAACAUUUUACUUGGAUGGAUUAUUUACUGAUAUUACUCUUCAGUGUCCUUCAGGCAUAAUUUUCCAUUGUCACCGCGCCGUUUUAGCUGCUUGCAGCAAUUAUUUUAAGGCAAUGUUCACAGCUGACAUGAAAGAAAAAUUUAAAAAUAAAAUAAAACUCUCUGGCAUCCACCAUGAUAUUCUGGAAGGCCUUGUAAAUUAUGCAUACACUUCCCAAAUUGAAAUAACUAAAAGAAAUGUUCAAAGCCUGCUUGAGGCAGCGGAUCUGCUACAGUUCCUUUCAGUAAAGAAGGCUUGUGAGCGGUUUUUGGUAAGGCACUUGGAUAUUGAUAAUUGUAUUGGAAUGCACUCCUUUGCAGAAUUUCAUGUGUGUCCAGAACUAGAGAAGGAAUCUCGAAGAAUUCUUUGUUCAAAGUUUAAGGAAGUGUGGCAACAAGAAGAAUUUCUGGAAAUCAGCCUUGAAAAGUUUCUCUUUAUCUUGUCCAGAAAGAAUCUCAGUGUUUGGAAAGAAGAAGCUAUCAUAGAGCCAGUUAUUAAGUGGACUGCUCAUGACGUAGAAAAUCGAAUUGAAUGCCUCUAUAAUCUACUGAGCUAUAUCAACAUUGACAUAGAUCUAGUGUACUUAAAAACAGCCUUAGGCCUUCAAAGAAGCUGCCUGCUCACCGAAAAUAAGAUCCGCUCCCUAAUAUACAAUGCCUUGAAUCCCAUGCAUAGAGAGAUUUCCCAGAGGUCCACAGCCACAAUGUAUAUAAUUGGAGGCUAUUACUGGCAUCCUUUAUCAGAGGUUCACAUAUGGGAUCCUUUGACAAAUGUUUGGAUUCAGGGAGCAGAAAUACCAGAUUAUACCAGGGAGAGCUAUGGUGUUACAUGUUUAGGACCCAACAUUUAUGUAACUGGGGGCUACAGGACGGAUAACAUAGAAGCUCUUGACACAGUGUGGAUCUAUAACAGUGAAAGUGAUGAAUGGACAGAAGGUUUGCCAAUGCUCAAUGCCAGGUAUUACCACUGUGCAGUCACCUUGGGUGGCUGUGUCUAUGCUUUAGGUGGUUACAGAAAAGGGGCUCCAGCAGAAGAGGCUGAGUUCUAUGAUCCUUUAAAAGAGAAAUGGAUUCCUAUUGCAAACAUGAUUAAAGGUGUGGGAAAUGCUACUGCCUGUGUCUUACAUGAUGUUAUCUACGUCAUUGGUGGCCACUGUGGCUACAGAGGAAGCUGCACCUAUGACAAAGUUCAGAGCUACAAUUCCGAUAUCAACGAAUGGAGCCUCAUCACCUCCAGUCCACAUCCAGAAUAUGGAUUGUGCUCAGUUCCGUUUGAAAAUAAGCUCUAUCUAGUCGGUGGACAAACUACAAUCACAGAAUGCUAUGACCCUGAACAAAAUGAAUGGAGAGAGAUAGCUCCCAUGAUGGAAAGGAGGAUGGAGUGCGGUGCCGUCAUCAUGAACGGAUGUAUUUAUGUCACUGGAGGAUACUCCUACUCAAAGGGAACGUAUCUUCAGAGCAUUGAGAAAUAUGAUCCAGAUCUUAAUAAGUGGGAAAUAGUGGGUAAUCUUCCCAGUGCCAUGCGGUCUCAUGGGUGUGUUUGUGUGUAUAAUGUCUGACUGAAUCUGCAGAAAUGACCAAGCAAUCACUUUUUUGGAGUAUAGUUUUUUAAAAAAAAAAGAAUGCAGGGUUUGAAGUUCCUUACCUGAUAAUUGUGUCUGGCACAUGAUAGGGGAUCAGUAAAUUGUAAUUCCUAACCCUACUGUACUCCCAAAUAUGGUGAUUCAUGGUCAAGAAAAAUCUUAUAUAUAUAUAUACACACACACAUAUAUGUGUUUAUAUAUAUGUAUAUAUGUAUACAUAUAUAUGUGUGUGUAUAUAUAUACAUAUAUACAUAUAUAUGUGUGUAUAUAUAUACAUAUAUACAUAUAUAUGUGUGUAUAUAUAUAUACAUAUAUACAUAUAUAUGUAUACAUAUAUACACAGUUGAAUCAGUGGGAUUAAUACCUAUAAUCUCUGGUUUUCAAAGGUAAUAUGGAAUAUUUGACACUUGGUAAAAGCUGAACUACCUUUGUAGUGAAUCUUUUCCUCUUGGUAGCAUCAACACUGGGGAUAAAUCAGAACCAUUCUGUGGAAUGAAAUGUUUCUCAAGAGCCUAUAAUAUAGUAGAUAGUGCAUAUUAAGAUGUCUGGCUGGGCAUGGUGGCUCAUGCCUGUAAUCCCAGCACUUUGGGAGGCUGAGGCGGGAGGAUCACUUGAGCCUAGAAGUUGGAGACUAACCUGGCGAGACCCUGUCUCAAAAAAAAAAAAAAAAAUCCAUUUAGCUAGCAGGAAUUUGACAUUUAAAGAGGGAAUCUUCUCUACCUCUACAAAAUCAACACUUAACGCUUUUUUCACCUUCAGAAUUAUUUAGAAUGUGGAUUUACUUUGUCUAGUUUUUUCCUUUAUAGUGUAAUUUAUUGUUACUCUCUAUUUACUGACUACCAGAGAUAUACAAAAUACUGUGCAAAAGAUUGUUACUGUUCAAAGAGCUUACAAACUAAAUUUAAAAGAAUGGCAAGUCUGAAAAAUAAAUGAGAAGAUAGUCAAAUAUUUGUUUAUGCUAAGAACUGUUUUUAAUUUUCAGCUUUGAUGUAAAUUGCUAGCUUAGGUGUCUUUAGUUCAAGCAUGUUAGGAAAUCCUCUUUAUUCUUAAAUAUAGAUACAUGUCUGCAUAUAUGAUUGAAUUUUAGAGCCAGAAAGCAUGUAGAGCAGUUGUGAUUAGUAGAAAAUACAUUGACAAGAAGAUAUUUGCAUUUAUUUCCCGAAGCUGCCAGUAACUAGAUUUUGUGACUUAAGUCAUUUAACCUCUCCUUGAUUAGAGCUUCCUGAGCCAUGCACACUGGCACUGCAAAUCACAGACAGGCCUAGAUACAGAUCCCCUCACCCCUUGCUACAUCCAAAGGUGGCCUGGGUGGCUGGAGCCUCUGGGCCAGAACCACCUUUGUCCAUUUUCCUCAGUGUGCCUACAGCAUCGCUUUCCAUGUGUGCCAUAACUUGGGAAUAGUUGGGAUGUGUUGCUUAACUCCUUUACACCAUUAGUUAUCUGUGAGACCAUCUAUUCCACACUCUUCAUUUUUUAAAAAGAGACAAUAAUUAUUUUUAACUUACUGAAGUUUAAAACUACCUAGCAUUUCUGAUUAAAAAAAAAUUUAGAAGGAAAAUUUUAAUGCAUUUAUUUCAGAUGGCGUUUUAAAUAGAUACAACCCUUUGGAAACACAAUAUGGUACUACAUAGCAAGGGCUGUAAAAAUGACCAUAUCCUUUGCCGCAUAAAUUCUACUUCUAUACUUUUAACCUUAAAAAUAAUUCAGAAAAAAGAUAAAUGCAUGAAGACAUUUAUGUCUGCAUUCUUUAUAAUAACAAAAAUUGGGGAAAAAAACUCCAUGUCAAGAAAGUGGGAUAAGAAAAAUAGUAAAGUAUUAUACUGCCAUUAAAAUAAUUAUUUGGAAGACUGUAGAAACGUGGACAUGUUUGAUACGGUAAGUAAAAUGAGCACAAUACAAAAUCGUAUGCAUACUAUGAUUGUGACUUUGUAAAAUCUUUAUGCAUGUGGAAGGUAAUCUGCAAAACAAAUUCAUUGUGUUAGUGUAGCGGGAUAUGGAAUGACUUUAUUUAUUUAAAUCUUUUCUUUAAUAUUACUUUGUAUUUUCAAUAAAAAUAAAUCACUGUACAUAGUAA